AUGUUCCAGAACCCAGAAAAAAUGCGUUUAGGUCAUCUAUCUAUCUAUCUAUCUAUCUAUCUAUCUAUCUAUCUAUCUAUCUAUCUAUCUAUCUAUGUUUUAUUACUCGCUUAUUUAUUCUUUUCUCUUUUUCUCUUUUAUCCUUUCUUCUUUUUUUUUAACUAUGUCUUCCGUUUAGGCUUUCUUUUUUCUUUUCCUAUAUUUUGCUUUUCCCCCUUAUUUUCUUUCUUUCUUUUUCUAUACUUUGUUUUUCUCCUUCUUUUUAGUUUCUUUCUUUCUUUUUCUAUACUUUUUUCUUUUUUCUUUUUCUAUACUUUGUUUUACACCUUCUUUUUAGUUUCUUUCUUUCUUUUUCUAUACUUUUUUCUUUCUUUCUUUUUCUAUACUUUGUUUUACACCUUCUUUUUAGUUUCUUUCUUUCUUUUUCUAUACUUUUUUCUUUCUUUCUUUUUCUAUAUUUUGUUUUACACCUUCUUUUUAGUUUCUUUCUUUCUUUUUCUAUAUUUUUUCUCCUUUUUAGUUUCUUUCUUUUUCUAUAUUUUGUUUUACACCUUCUUUUUAGUUUCUUUCUUUCUUUUUCUAUAUUUUGUUUUACUCCUUCUUUUUAGUUUCUUUCUUUCUUUUUCUAUAUUUUUUUCUUUCUUUCUUUUUCUAUAUUUUUUCUCCUUUUUAGUUUCUUUUUUUCUAUAUUUUUUCUGCUUUUUUUCUUUUUUUCUUUUUCUUCUUUUUAGUUUCUUUCUUUCUUUUUCUAUAUUUUUUCUCCUUUUUAGUUUCUUUCUUUUUCUAUAUUUUUUUCUUUCUUUCUUUUUCUAUAUUUUGUUUUUCUCCUUCUUUUUAGUUUCUUUCUUUCUUUUUCUAUAUUUUUUCCUUUUAGUUUCUUUUCUUUUUCUAUAUUUUGUUUUACUCCUUCUUUUUAGUUUCUUUCUUUCUUUUUCUAUAUUUUUUUCUUUCUUUCUUUUUCUAUAUUUUUUCUCCUUCUUUUUAGGUUCUUUCUUUCUUUUUCUAUACUUUGUUUUUCUCUUUCUCGCUUUUAUUCUUUCUUUCUUUUUAAUAUUCUUUCAUUUAAGUUGUCUUCUUUUAUACGAUAAUUUCUUUUCUUAUUUCUUACUUUCAUCUUUAUCUUCCUUUCUUUCUUUCGCUUCAUUUCUUUCUUUAUCGUUUUAA